AUUCACGUUAAUCUUCGCCGCAGCCUUGACCACCGCCAAAGAGCAUCGUCUUAGCGGUCAACAGCCGCGGUAGCCUUCGUCUCCUUGCCUAUAAAACGUCCACAAAGCUAAUGAAGAUCAAAGUUAUAGAUCAACGUUUGUGCGCGAAAAGUGCAUUGAAGAUGUUGGCUCUCGUACUAGUUGCGUCGCUUUUGGCCAGUGCCCAAUGCAUUCCACUGGAUGCGCCCGAAAAAAACGAGUCGCCCCUACAAGCCGAACAACCGAAAGGGGAAGAGACGAAGCUGCCUGAAAAGGCUCCCGAAGAUCUCAAAGUGCCAGAGAUCAGCCCCAACCCCGUGCCCGAAAGCGGACCUGCGCUUCCGGAAGACAUAGGCCCUUUAUCUGACGACAACCCCGCAGUUGGACAACCCGAUAAAUCCGAUUUAGACACAGAUUCCACGUUUUGGGGAUGGGGCUACAGGAGACCGUAUUAUAGUGGAUGGAGAAGUUAUUACAGUAGCCCGUGGAGACGUUGGGGCUAUGGAAAUUACGGGUAUGGCCGAGGAUUUGGAGGUUGGGGUUGGGGACGAGGCUGGGGAUGGCGCGGCGGGGACUGGUAAAUACCUAAUUGAAAUGCAAGGACUUUAGUUUUAUAAGUUUCAUUCUAAACAACUCAUCAGCUGCAUUACUGACGAGCUUUACACCGCGGUUUGUUUAUAAUUCGGGAUCGAAUUUUUUAUAGUAGCCAGUUCAAAUUAUUGUAUCUUGAUUCGAGUUUGAUCGAUGUAAGUUUCACUAAUUAUAUAAAUUUCAAAAAUAAACGAAUAUACAUUUUC